AUGCCACCAUUUUCAAAUCGAAGUUCAUCUGUUCGUUAUCUUGAUUUACGAGGAUUUAAUCAUUUUGGUCAUUGUCAAUAUUAUAAUGAUCAACAAUGUUCAUCAUUGAUUCGUUCACCAUUAGGUAAUCAAUGUGAAUUUCUUGUUAUUGAAGUUGAAAAAAGAACAAAUAUAAUUGAUCUUGUUAACAAAAUGAAUAAUCUUCGAUCAUUGAAUGUUCGUUGUCGUGAUAGAAACAAAAAUGAUAAUGAAUUAAUUAAAUGGUUACAAACACGUUUACCAUCAACAUGUUCAUUUGCAAAAGAUUCAAAAUUUUCUAACGAUAUUAGAUUGUGGAUUCGUUAG